AUGGGGAAUUUUCUUAGAAGAAGCUGCGCUGUGCACCCGGCUUCCGGAGACGGAGGAAGAGGAGGCCACGUGGAGGAAGCGCUGGCCGGAGAGAAGAAAGGUCGUGUAAGGAUUAAAGUGAGGAUGAGAAGAGAUAAAUUGGAGGAGCUUUUGUAUUUGGCUCGUCGCAGGGAUCAAUCGGACGGUGGUAAUAAGAUCGGUUUCUUGAUUCUAAGAGAAUGUAUGGAAGGUCGCUUAUCGGCGAGCGUUCUUGGCUCCGGUGACGAUGCUUCGUCUCAACGGUGCGGAAAUUACUUGGUGUCGAGAAGAUUGGGUUCCAUCACAGAGGAUUUUUGUUAA